AUGGAGGCUUUUUUUUUGCGAUUUUUGGCCACCGGGCAUGGCGGAGGUCGUUGUUGGCGACCGGUGGCCACCGUGGAUCUCGCUGGGAUAAAGUUGCAUCGGGAAAGUUCCCAUCCUUCUCACCCCCUCCCAUGGAAGAAAGCUUUGUUUGGGGAGCAGAAUGAAGGGAGUAAUGCCAUCUGCACUCUGGGUUUGUUUCGACCUAUCAUCCACCCUCACCAAAUAUAUGAAGUAACUGAAGAGUUAAAAGGAGAAAAUUAUUGCAGCGGUUGUCGUCUGGUAAAGGAUAACAUACAGAUUACGAAGAACAAUCACGAAGAGAGUUUCCGGAAAGAGUUUUACCUUGUCAUCAUCUUCGUGAAUUAUUUGCAUGAUAUGUUGAUUGGUUCUGCUUCUGACUUGAUUGAGCAUUGGGCUGUUCUUAUGAUGUUCCACUCCUUGACUGCAGCUGGAAAAUUUGGUUGCCAGACCAGACCACCUAUUGAGGAAGUGAGUCAAGCUGGAGUGGUUCCUCGCUUUGUUGAGUUACUUGGUUCUCCAAGUGAUUAUGUUCGUGAGCAGGCUGUCCUGGCAUUGGGAAAUAUUGCUGCUGUUUCUCUUAGAUGUCGUGAUCUUGUUCUUGGCCAUGGUGCUUUGCUUCCUUUGUUGGCUCUGUUGAAUGAACUUGUUUCACGUUCUAUGCUGAGAAAUGCUACAUGGACACUGUCAAGGUUUUGUAAGCCCCCCUUUGAUCAGGUUAAGCUUGUACUCCCUACAUUAGCCCGUCUUAUUCAUUCAAAAGAUGAAGUCAUCUUAGCUAAAGCAUGUUGGGCACUAUCAUAUCUUUCUGAUGGCACAAAUGACAAAAUCCAAGCUGUUAUUGAAUCAGGUGUACUUGGGCGUCUGGUGGAGCUUUUAAUGCACCCUUCUCCUUCGGUGAUAUCUCCUGCUCUUUACACAGUUAAACGUAUUGUUAUUGGAGAUGAUGUGCAAAUUCAGGCUACAAUUGAAGCUAAUAUUAUUUCUCCUUUAGUUCAUUUGCUUCAAAAUGCUGAAUUUGAUAUUAAGAAACAAGCUGCACAAGCCAUCUCAAAUGCUACAUCUGGUGGGACUCAUGAUCAGAUCAGAUUCCUUGUAAGUCAAGGUUGCAUCAAGCCAUUGUAUGAUCUUCUUUGUUACUUCGAUCUAGAGGUUGUUACAAUUUGCUUUCAGGGGCUAGAAAAUAUUCUCAAGGUAGAAGAAGCUGAUAAAAAUAUGGGCAUUACUGGAGGAGUGAAUCUCUAUGCACAAAUGAUAGAUGCUGCAGAAGGUCGAGAGAAAAUAGAGUAUUUACAUUAUCAUGACAACACUGAGAUUUAUAAAAAGGCUGUGGAAGUUCUCGAGACAUAUUGGUAG